AUGGAUAUUCCUCAAUUUGUUCACAUUCCAGGUGGAUUUUUCAUCAUUUGUAUGAACGAAUUUGAUGCCCCAUGUAGUAUUUAUCUCAUGCAUACCACGGAUGAAAAGGAGACUCGGCGGUGGCUGGAGAUGAUCAACAUUACUAGUAAUGAGUUCAAACGUCUCCAAGGUCGACACAAUGACUUUGAGAGUCCGACUUAUGACAUGCGAAAGGGACCCCUAUGGCAACAAAGCCCUCCGCAUUGCCUUCCAGCACCAGCGGUCCACCGCAAAAGCAGCAGUAUGGAUUCACAAGUUGUAGCAGCUCAUGCUCAUCUAAAUCACAUGCACCGAGCCACCACAUUAUCGUCAACUGAACAACUUGACCGAAAUCAUGACUUGAGUGAUUCUCCGACUCGUACGGCGCCCCUGCACAAGCUGAGCGUUGCCAGUUAUCACCCCUUGUCCACCAGCAAAAGCAGUGUCGACCUUCAUAUGACGCUUGCAGCCGAAACGGCGUCAACAUGUUCCGCCGAAUGCCCUCCUCUAAUCAGAUCGACAUCAAACUCAUCAGAUCGCGAAGCAGAGGGAAAACGAUCGCGUAGCCCUUCACCACUGCUCUUGGACGUCAGUAAAAGGGUAGCGGAGGAGCCUCAGGAAAUGUUUCAACAGCCUGGCAGAGCAAGAUCAGAAGUCUCCACUCCAGCGGAAGAAGUAAGUGGUAGUUCGACAAUAACAGAAGACGAGCUUGUUCCAGCUCAAGGAGGCCGACGGUUCGAAAAGAGGUACCACACAGCAGACGGUAUCGACGUAUUGAAACCCAAAGGAGCGAUGUUACAAGGCGGUAUUCUUAAAAGAUUCUCUUGGAAUGUCAGUUCAGCCGUUGGAGCAAGUAGUCGAAAGAUAUCGGCUAGACUAGGAGAGCAUAGUAGACGACAUUCUCAAGCGUCCACGGCUGCCUCUUCAGAAUCGUUUGGUAGUUCAACGUCUGGCAUCUCGUCGUCAUCAUCACAUGCUGAAAAUGAGAGCACUAAAGCGCAUAUCUCGACAAUAGCUGUGAACGAUGAAGAAACAGCGACGACAUCGUUACCCAUCAACCUCGACAUACAGGAAGAUCUCAACGACUCUUCUACAACGACACUAACACAACAACAACAGCAACCGCAACAAGUAACCCCGCCACUUCCAAAUAUACCACCACCACCUACGGAACACGUACAAAAACAUCAGGACUUAUUAAGAUUUAUAAUGGAAAAUCAUCUGGAAACCUCAGACGUGUAA